AUGGUGAUCUGUACUUAUAACGCACGUACGCUUGCAUCGGAAGUGGCCAUCGAAGAUCUGAUGACGCAAGCCAAGAAGAUCAAGUACGACGUCAUCGGACUGACCGAGACGAGACGACGAACAUGCGACAGUAGAGGUGUUGGUGGAGUUGGCGUCCUCGUCAACACGAGAACGAGAACGGCAAAGAUCAUCGACUCUUUCGAACAACUUACGACCCGAAUCGGACGUCUGCGGAUGAGAAGAUGUGGUCCACCAGCUUUGACUAUCUUCGUCGGUUACGCUCCAACAUCAAGCUACGAUGAAGAAGAAGUCGAAGCUUUCUAUAUGGACCUGGAGAAGUUCUACCGAGAAGAUCAUGCCUUCUACAAGGUCAUAAUUGGCGAUUUCAACGCCAAAGUUGGCCCAAGAAGAACGCCGGAGGAACUUCACAUCGGGACCCACGGCCUACAAUGGAACGACCAGUGGGAGAGGCUCUCCGAGUUCAUCAUGACGACUAAGACCAUCCAUGGGAACUCGCAAUUCCAGAAGCCCUCCUCUCUACGCUGGACGUGGGAGUCACCCGGUGGAGGAUACCGUAAAAAAUAG